UCCUUUUCGUCUAGCCGGCCACGAAGUAUCUCAGAAAUGGAGCUCAAUUCCUUGCUGCAACAGAUUGCGACUGUGAAGCAAACCCUCUUUGAUGAGGGAAUUCUCAACAGCCAGUUCCUUGGAUUGGAGCAGUUGGACGAUAAUGACAACCCCAGCUUUCUUGAGCAAGUUUUCACAGUGUAUUUCAGUGAAUCACCGAAAGUGAUAGCUACCAUAGAAGAAGCAUUGGAGGAACAAGUAUGUGAUUUUGCUACAGUGAACACGUUCCUUCAUGGAGUCAAAGGCAGCACUCUCAGCAUUGGGGCUACUAAGGCGACGAUUCAAAUCAAUCAAGCAGUGGAAUGCUUCUAUAAAAGGGACAUAGAAGGAUGUAAGGCUGCAAUCAGAAGAGUGAAGGAAGAGAAUAACACUCUAACAAACAGGCUCCAAGUUUACUUGCAGAGAGUCCUGGAUAGCCAGUUCACUAGAAUGGAGGAGGUGGAUCCAUACUUUGCUGGAGAAAUGACCGAUUUGUAUUUCGGCGAAGUGCCAAGCUUUAUGUGUGGCAUAGAAAAAACAUUGGAGACAAUCCCCCUCAAUGUUGCUAACCUGCGUGAAUAUCUUGUUAAAUUCAAAGGCAGCAGCGCCAGAUGUAAGGCUGGAUUUCCAAACUUAAAACAAGCGUUUCACACUCUGAAGAAAAAUCUGGAACCCUAUCUAGAGUUGUUGCAACAGUACAAAUCUAGCACGUCAUCUACUGGCCCCAAUGAAAAUAUGUACUUAUUGCUUGACGGGUAUGUUUCAGGUGAUCGAUAUUUGAGGCCAUGGAUAAUUCCAGUGCCUGAGAUUACUUUCAUGACUAGGACAGAUGAGGAUGAGUGUUUGAUUUUGGCAAGCGAUGGGCUUUGGGAUGUCAUGACUAACGAAGAGGUUGGGGAGGCGGCUCGCCGCCUUCUAAGAAGGUGGCGUAGGUCGUUGAUGACUGAUGACAUUUCUCCGGCACAAGCUGUUGCUGAUAAUCUCACUGAGAUAGCAUAUGGAAGAAAUAGUUCUGACAACAUCUCCAUCAUUGUUGUUGACCUGAAAUCAAAGAGAAGGCGCCAGCAAAGGCCAUCAAUAAGGGGAGUGGAGUAA